AUGAGAACGAGAACGAAAAGGCAAAGAGGCGACUGUUCCGGAGCACAGUCAACAUCAACCCCUUCCCCACCGGCGAUCUUCUUUGCCCCUCGUGCCUCUCCGGCUUCGUUGAAGUAUACCAAAACCCCAACCCAAGCAUACCCGACCCAUUUUCCUCGGACCCCCUCUCCAAUUUCCUCAGCCACUUUCUGUUACCUUCUGCGUCCACCUGUGUUGUCCUGCAAAACUCGAGAGGACAGCAGAAACAAGGUUCUUCUGCAGCUGCUGAACUGGAUGUUGGAGGCUGAAACUCUUAUCUGUUUAUGCGUAAUGAGUUCCCGAAAGAAGACACCUUUUCAGAAGCACAGAGAAGUCGAAGAGGCGAAGAAAAAAAGGGUGGAGGAUGAAACAGCUAGAUUAUAUCAAGAGUUUUUAGAAUCGUUUCAAGUGGAUGAUACGCCAGGGUCCAAGACCUUUGUCAGAGGUGGAACCAUCAAUCCAAACGAGAAGCUAAAGAAUGAUUCUGAAGGUGGAAAGUCCAAAGAUGAGAAUUCUGGUUUAAAGAAGGGGAGUAGGUAUGUGCCAUCAUUCAUCCCACCUCCUAUGGCAACAAAGGGUAAAGAUUAUGAAAAGAAGAUGGAGGAGAAGUCGAAGGAGAAACAAAAAGGAAAGUCCCGGAACAUUGAUCAUUUUAUGGAGGAGUUGAAGCAUGAACAAGAAAUGAGGGAGAAGCGAAACCAAGAGCGUGAACUUUGGCGCGAUACUCAUCCUGGUGACAAUUCUGCUCCAUCCAGCCGGUUUGAUGAGCUGCCAGAUGAUUUUGAUUUGACUGGUAAACCUGGAUCAUUUGACGAGGGAGAUCCACAAACGACAAAUCUUUACGUCGGAAAUUUAUCACCUCAGGUUGAUGAGAAUUUCCUUUUGCGGACUUUUGGGAGAUUUGGACCUAUUGCCAGUGUCAAAAUAAUGUGGCCGAGAACAGAAGAGGAAAAGAGGCGGCAGAGGAAUUGUGGUUUUGUAGCUUUCAUGAAUAGGGCUGAUGCUCAGGCUGCAAGGGAUGAAAUGCAAGGGGUGGUGGUUUAUGAAUACGAAUUGAAGAUGGGGUGGGGUAAAUCUGUCUCUCUUCCAUCCCAAGCUCUUCCUGCUCCACCUCCUGGACAUAUGGCCAUCAGGAGUAAGGAGGGUGCCACUGUUAUCUUGUCUGGUCUGUCUGGUCCUCCAGUGACAUCAGUUCCGAGCCAAAAUUCUGAGCUGGUUCUCACUCCAAAUGUACCUGAUAUUAAUGUUGUUGCACCAGAUGACAAUCAUCUACACCAUGUUAUUGAUACAAUGGCUCUCUAUGUUCUUGACGGUGGCUGCGCAUUCGAGCAAGCUAUAAUGGAGUGCGGCCGUGGAAAUCCUCUUUUUAGUUUUUUGUUUGAUCUUAGUUCCAAGGAGCAUACUUACUAUGUUUGGAGGCUAUACUCAUUUGCGCAGGGGGAUACACUUCAGCGAUGGCGAACAGAGCCAUUUAUCAUGAUAACCAGUAGUGGGAGAUGGAUACCGCCACCUCUACCGACAGCGAAAGGACCAGAACAUGAAAAGGAGUCUGAUAACACUUAUGCUGCUGGGAAAAGCAAGCGAAUAGAAGUGGAACGAACAUUGUCUGAUGCCCAAAGAGAUGAAUUUGAGGACAUGCUACGUGCGUUGACUUUAGAAAGAAGCCAGAUAAAAGAAGCUAUGGGUUUUUCCUUGGAUAAUGCUGAUGCAGCUGGAGAGGUAGUUGAAGUGCUAACUGAGUCCUUGACGCUUAAAGAGACUCCUAUCCCAACAAAAGUUGCACGACUCAUGCUUGUUUCAGACAUUUUACAUAAUAGUAGUGCUCCUGUAAAGAAUGCAUCUGCAUAUCGCACCAAAUUUGAAGGAACUCUACCAGACAUUAUGGAAAGCUUUAAUGACUUGUAUCGUGGUAUAACAGGACGAAUAACAGCUGAGGCCCUUAAGGAACGCGUUCUGAAAGUUCUUCAAGUGUGGGCUGACUGGUUUCUGUUUUCGGAUGCAUAUGUGAAUGGGUUGCGAGCUACCUUUCUCCGUUCGGGUAACUCGGGCGUGAUUCCUUUCCAUUCUAUAAGUGGUGAUGCCCCUGAGCUAGACAGUAAGGUUAGUUCCGAUGGCAUGGUUGAUGGGAUCAAGACUAACCAAGAUGCUGCAUUGGCAAUUGGGAAAGGAGCUGCCAUGCAGGAGCUGUUGAGCUUGCCCCUUGCUGAGCUAGAGAGACGAUGUAGACACAAUGGAUUAUCGCUUAUUGGUGGAAGAGAAACGAUGGUUGCAAGGUUACUUUAUCUGGAAGAGGCAGAAAAGCUAAGGGGUUUAGAUGACGAACUGAAGUCUGCACAAAACCAAUCUAAUAGAGGCAGAAACCCUAGUGGCCAAAGUGAAACAAAAUUUGAAAUGGAUCCAGAGGGUAUGGCAAGAAGGAAAAGUAAUUUGGAUGAGGAUAUGAAGUCAAAAAGAACAGAAUCCUUAUCCCUGUUAAAUCCCCUUUCACACUUUGAACUCAACUCUAUGAGUUCCGCGAAAAAUGGAUCUUUGCUGCCAACCUCUAAGUGGGCCAGGGAGGAUAUUGAAAGUGACGAGGAACAAGAAAGAAAAGCAAAGGAUCUGGGGUUAACUUAUUCGUCUUCUGGGAGUGAACGAGCCGGUGAAAGUCUUAGUAUAACUGAGGAAGUGGAGUCCACUGCUGUUGCAAGCAAUUCAUCACAUCUUGAUGGUGGAAUGAAUGAAGAACAGAGGCAAAAAUUGAGGCGUCUAGAGGUUGCUUUGAUGGAAUAUCGUGAGGCUCUUGAAGAGCAAGGAGUAAAAAGUCCUCAGGAAAUUGAAAGAAAAGUGGCUACUCGUCGUAGUCGGCUACAAUCUGAAUUUGGUUUAUUGGAUACCAACACAGAUUCCAGUAGAAAGAUGCCAUCUUUAGAUAGGAGGGACAGAAGAGAUGAUUCUCAUGAACCUUCAAAGAAGCGUAGGCGUAGCCAAAGCGGAAGUGAAAGCCCUCAAUGGAAAUUCUCCACCAGAGAUCGGGACCGGGACAGUGGUCGAGAGAAAAGUGGGAGCAGGGAGCGGGAUGAUUAUGUAAGAGACAGGGAUAGGAGAAGGGUGAAAUAA